ACAGACCACAGAAAGCCAAAUCCAUCAUCGCCCCUCUGAAAUCUCACAAGAUAAGGUUGUCUCUCCUACUCUUCUCCUUCGUCGCUCUGGUCUCAUCAUCUCUUCCAUAUUCGGCCCUAACCCUAACCCUAACCCUAUCCCCACGCUUGCAAUAAUAUUGCUUCACAUGGUAUCUAUACUCCCUUGCUGCGCCUCCGGCCGCCUCCUGAUUCACCCUCUCUUUUUCAGCCCAAACCACCGUUGCCAACGCCGUUACCAUUUCAAGCUCCGGCCUCGCCGGACAAACCUAUCCGUCUGCUCUGUCUCGAAGAACAGCUCCUCGUUCUACUCAAACGAUCAAGAUCUGCGGCAGAAGCUCCCGCGAACGUUGUUUCCGGGCGGGUACAAGCGUCCGGAGAUCAAAGUUCCCAGUCUGAUCCUGCAAGUGAGCGCGGAAGAGGUGUUAGAGGCUAGAAAUGUUUUGGAUAUGAUUGACGAGGCGGUUUCGAGCCGAGUUGGGAUUGUGGUGCUCAAUGGAGGAGCAGGAAGCGGUGGGAGGCUGUACGAGGCUGCCUGUUUGUUGAAGUCGGUGAUUAGGGAUCGGGCCUAUUUUAUGAUUGCCGAGCGUGUUGAUAUAGCGGCUGCCGUUAAUGCCAGUGGAGUUGUGCUCUCUGAUCAAGGUCUUCCUGCAAUUGUGGCAAGAAACACAAUGAUGGACUCCAGAUCUGAUUCAGUAGUUCUUCCUUUGGUCGCAAGAAAUGUGAAAACCUCAGAUGCUGCAUUAAAUGCAUCUAAUUCUGAAGGUGCUGAUUUUCUUAUAUAUCAGAUUGAUGGAGAAAAAAAACAUGUUGAGGAAUCUGUGAGCUCUAUUCGGAACAGUGUGAAAGUUCCAAUAUUUCUUAUGAUUGAUUUGCUUCAAUUUGACACAUCACAGAGUGGAGCAGGAAGAUUCCUAAAAUCAGGAGCUAGUGGUUUAGUGGUUUCAUUGGAAGAAAUAAAAUUGUUUUCUGAUGAAGUACUGAGGAAAUUGUUUGACGUACAUCCAUCAAAUAAGAGGGGCCAGGAAAAGAUUGAACAUACAGAUAAGCUCACCGUAUUUGAUGUUGAUAAUGGAUUUUCCGGGAAAAAUGUGGUGUCUGGGUUUGUUAAGUUGGAGGAUAGAGAACGUCAAUUGUUAGAGACGGAGAAGUCUGUAAUGCUUCAAGUGAUAAAUGUUAUCCGGGAAGCCGUACCACUGAUGGAGGAGAUCUCGCUUCUUAGUGAUGCUGUUUCACAACUUGAUGAGCCAUUUUUACUGGUUAUAGUGGGUGAGUUCAACUCUGGCAAAUCGACUGUCAUCAAUGCAUUGCUUGGGAAUAAAUAUUUAAAAGAUGGAGUUGUUCCCACUACAAAUGAGAUCACAUUCUUACGUUACUCUGAGUUGGAAUCUACUGAGCAACAGCAUUGUGAGAGGCAUCCAGAUGGCCAGUACAUAUGCUAUUUACCCGCGUCAAUUCUCAGAGGAAUGAUAAUUGUUGAUACACCUGGAACGAAUGUGAUUCUGCAACGACAGCAACGCCUGACUGAGGAAUUUGUUCCCCGUGCAGAUUUGCUUCUUUUUGUUAUAUCUGCUGACCGGCCAUUAACUGAAAGUGAGGUUGCUUUUCUUCGUUACACCCAGCAGUGGAAGAAAAAAGUCGUGUUUGUUCUGAAUAAAGCUGAUAUCUAUCGGAAUACUGACGAGCUCGAAGAAGCUAUUUCUUUCAUAAAGGAAAAUACACAGAAAUUGCUGAAUGCAGAACAUGUUACAGUGUAUCCUGUAUCUGCACGUUCUGCUCUUGAAGCAAAACUUUCCUCUACCUAUUUUGCUGGAAAAGAGACUGGAGAGCUAUAUGUCACUAAUCCUGAAUGGGGAAUCAGUAGCUUCUAUGAACUUGAAAAGUUCUUGUAUGAUUUUCUAGAUGGGUCGACAAGUAUGGGGAUUGAAAGGAUAAGACUCAAGCUUGAGACACCUAUUGGAAUCGCAGAGCAACUACUCUCUGCUUGUCAGAAGAUUGUGAUAGAAAAGUGUCAGCAUGCCAAAAAGGACUUGAUCUCAAUAAAUGAACUAGUUGGCAGUGUGAAGGAUUACGCAAUGAAGAUGGAAAGUGCAAACAUUUCUUGGAAGAGACAGACUUUAUCACUUAUUGAUAGUACACAAGCACGCAUUUUCAAGGUUAUAGAAUCAACCUUACAAUUAUCGAAUCUUGAUCUUGUUGCUUCAUAUGCUUUCAAAGAGAAAUCUGCUCCAAUGCCAGCCACUUCAAAUGUCCAAAAUAACAUUAUUGGUCCUGCACUUUCUGAUGCACAAAAACUACUUGGGGAAUAUAUGACAUGGUUGCAGUCAAGCAAUGCUCGUGAAGGAAGGUUGUAUAAGGAAUCUCUUGAGAAAAGAUGGCCUUCAAUUGCUGAUCCUCAAAAACAUGCACAUUUGGUAACUGGCGAGUUGCUGAUGAGAAAAUAUGAAAAGGGUGCAAAAGUCAUAGAGAACUUCAAUGCUGCUGCUGCUUCUGAACGGUUUGAGCAAGAAAUUCGUGAAGUGUUCUUGAGUACCUUUGGUGGUUUAGGAGCAGCUGGUCUAUCUGCAUCACUUCUCACAUCAGUGCUGCCAACCACUGUAGAGGAUCUUCUUGCUCUUGGCCUUUGUUCUGCUGGCGGUUUCUUGGCAGUUUCGAAUUUCCCAGCCCGUAGACGAAAAAUGGUAGAUAAAGUGAAAAGGACAGUUGAUGCCUUGGCACUAGAGCUAGAAGAGGCAAUGAAGAAGGAUCUUUUUGAAGCAACUCAGAAUCUGGAAAAUUUUGUAGAACUCAUUGGCAAGCCAUAUCAAGAUUUGGCACAGCAUAGAUUAGAUGAACUUUUGGAGACACAAAAGAAACUAACGAAUAUUGAAAAAGAACUUGAAAUAUUACGGAUUGAAAUCCAAAAUCUCCAUGUACCUCACAAUAUUAAUAGUUGUUGAGGCAUCAAUCAGUGAUGGAUGCAAAAGGGAGGUGUGAAGUUGUAACAAGCAUUGUUCUUUAUAUAUAUAUAUUUUCAUAAA